CGGAGAGUCUCCAGUCAGUGUUCAUCACAUCGGUGGACGAGACACAACUGAUUUCCAUCAGGUCGCAUCUACCAAAGGCUGCAGGACAAUCAGUCGCUCGGCAUGACGCACCAGUCCCCCACACUCUCCGAGGCGCAAAAGAGGGAGCUACAUGAGACUGCUCUACGCAUAGUUUCUCCAGGGAAGGGCAUCCUGGCUGCAGAUGAGUCUGUGGGCAGCCUGGCUAAGCGGCUCGCUCAGGUGGGAGUGGAGAACACAGAGGAGAACCGCAGACAGUACCGGCAGAUUCUCUUCAGUGCAGACGAUCGCAUCAACGGCUGCAUUGGAGGGGUCAUCUUCUUCCAUGAGACGCUGUACCAGCACACUGAUAACGGCAUAGCCUUUGUGAAAAUGAUCAGGGACAGGGGCAUCCUGGUCGGCAUCAAGGUGGACAAGGGUGUCGUUCCCCUGGCAGGAACUUGUGGAGAAACCACCACACAGGGUCUAGAUGGACUGUCAGACCGCUGUGCGCAGUAUAAAAAGGAUGGAGCUGUCUUUGCAAAGUGGCGCUGUGUGCUUAAAAUCAGUGACACCAAUCCAUCCAAACUGGCUAUCACAGAAAAUGCAAAUGUCCUUGCACGCUACUCCAGUAUCUGCCAGCAAGUCAGAAGCCAAUAUUAUAAAGCAUGUCUAUACAUGUUUGUGAUGCAUCUGUAUUGUUUUAAUAAUCUUUCCUUUCUCGGCCAGCAUGGCAUUGUACCCAUUAUAGAGCCGGAGAUUUUGCCUGAUGGAGAUCAUGACCUGAAGCGCAGCCAGUACAUUACUGAGAAGGUCCUGACUGCAGUGUACAAGGCCAUGUCGGACCACCAUGUGUACCUGGAAGGUACCCUCCUCAAACCCAACAUGGUCACCUCUGGACACAGCUGCCCCACCAAGUACAGCCCAGAGGAGGUUGCUAUGGCAACUGUCACCGCCUUGCGCCGCACUGUCCCCCCAGCGGUCACAGGAGUGGCUUUUCUCUCAGGUGGUCAGAGUGAAGAAGAGGCUUCUGUCCACCUCAAUGCCAUCAACAACUGCCCUCUGGCCAAACCCUGGAUCCUAACGUUCUCCUUCGGCCGAGCCCUGCAGGCGUCUGCACUCAGAGCCUGGAGAGGACAUAAGGAGAACGAGAAAGCCGCCACUGAGCAGUUCAUUAAGAAAGCAGAGGCGAACAGUCUGGCCUGCCAGGGGAAGUACACUGGUGGUGAUAAUAACUAUGUCGAGGCCGGCCAGCGCAGCUAUGGUUCCUGUCAUGCAUACUGAGUAGUUUGAGCAACCACGUUUCUAUUAGCAUUGUGUUUUCUUAUAUUACCAUAACAAGGAAUUGUAAUGUAGACAAUGGAUUAUUUCAAAAUUCGGACACUUAUGAUGAUGUUACAUGAAAAUAAGUGACAGUAUGUUUUCUUAUGUUGUCACAAAUAAUGACAAUCAGAAGAUGGCCUUGGGUAAUAAUGCUUGUAUUGAAUAAAGAGCGUUUGCUUUACUUUUGUUAUGUAUGUACACAACGCUAUUACUGCAUUUAUUAGGCUAAUGAGUUUUGGCGGCAGAGAAAUUAUGUUGGUUUGUGUUAAAAAUUGUGAAAAUCACUGAAUUUCUGACGUAAAAUUCCCCUCCUGUUACGUGGAAGUAUCUUGAAGUUGUGCAAAAACGUAUUCGUAUAUGAGUGUGUGUAAUUUAGUUUUGUUAGUAACUAUACUCAAAUAGAAAUAUUGCACCAGAAUUAGCUUCAAGCUAAUUUGCCUCUGCAGUCCCUGGAUAUAUAGCACAAUCAGCACGGCAUGUAACUUACAACACAAUGUGAU